AUGAAGUCUAUCGCCCUCGUGACCGCCGGCCUAGUGGCCUCGACAGCCGCUUUCGGGACAAGGACGUUGGAGGAUAUCGGACUCAAGGUCGCCCGGGCAAACUUACAGAAGCCAUCGACGGCGCCAGUACCCAACCAAUACACCAUCGCGGGAUGCUACAAGUCAGCUGGCGAGCUCGUCUUCAACUCUACUCUUCAGUGGAACUCUCAAGGAUCAUGUGCCAGUGCCAUCUGUCAGAAAGGCGGGUUUCCCGUCUCGGGGCUCUCCGGAUCCCAGUGCUUCUGUGGACAGAAAUAUCCGCCAAAGAGCUCGUUGGUGGACGACUCGAAGUGCAGCACCCCUUGCCCCGGAUUCCCCAGCGAACCAUGCGGCGCCGCCAGUGUGUGGACUGUUUAUAACAACGGCCUGUCGAUAUCCGUCCAGAACACCCCAAAUGCUGCUGGAGAUAGUGACAGCACCGCCAACGCCGACACCGAUCCCACUGCGACCGGGUCAGGAAAGGUGACGGCGAUUAUAACCCAGCCCGGUAGCACAGUCGUUGUCACCCAAGUCAGCUCGGCCAAGACCGAAGCACCCAGCAGCAGCAGCAGCACCAACACGGCCGGAAUUAUAGCCGGUGUCGUCGUGGCGGUUGUGGUGUUAGUAGCAGCUGCUGUCGGCAUGUUCUUUUUCCUCCGUCGCCGGAGAAAUAAGGAGAUUGAGGAAGAAUACCGUCGCAACGCCGCCGUGAGCUCCUUCAAUCCCGGCAGCACCAGCGGGGGCACGUCCAUCACGGAUGCUCGGUUGGAUCCUGUCAUGGCCCAGAGAAGAAUGAGCGAUGGCAGCAUUGCCGACAACCAUGACUACACAAGGAAGAUCCUUCGCGUACGACUCCCCGGAUUCCCAAUCUUGAUUCUGUGUCACUGA